CCAGCGGCUGCCACUGAAGGACUGACAUAUGCAAACACAAGAGGCUGUGAGAGAAAGAAAACAAACUGGGGCAAGCACAGCCCUGGCCCUGCGCUGUUGAAUGGGUGAGGACAGCGUGCACAAUGCCUGACGUUGUUCCCGCGUGCAUUACGUAACAGCUGAUCCGCUAAUCACCUGGCAACAUAAACCGAACACGGAUAAUUUGUACAACGAACGACUACAAACGGUGCGCGAUCAAGAGAUCAGCGGCCGGACUUAGGGAAUCCCUGGAUGGGUUGACCACCAACUCUACCGAAGCUCCGACCACAGUCUGCUCAGUAAUAUAUGAACGCAUGACAAUUACACCCCAGUGUGCGACUUCAACGUACGGCGUACUCUAGGAUCCAACCUGUAGUAAUUAGAACGUCAUGAAAAAACGACAGCCGUUGCGAUGAGGACUAUUUUCUUCCGAUGGGACCGUGUGCAAAAGGUUGUCUCAGGGCACAAGCGGCUGUGCGCCAUCGCUUGCCUGUCCUUCCUCAUCCUCUUCACCGUCUACAACCACUAUGAGAGAAAUCAAGCCGCCAGGCCGCGUGGCGGGAAACCACAAGGCCCUUUCUCCAGCCGUGACCUCAUGGGUCCCGCCAAGAUGGCGGACUACGAAAACAUGGCGGGAAACUCAAAACACAACGAUAACGGACGACAGAAGAAUCGGAACGAGAUAGAAACACCCGCCACUUUGCUCUCAGACGACAACGAGAUUCCAGUCCACCCUCAUAACAGAGUAGUCAGUUUGGUCGACGCUUUAGAAUACGAGUUUGCCUACCCAAGUUCUAACGUCAAGCAUUUUCUCGGUGACUUCUACUGCCCUGCAUGUUUCGGGGAUUCCAUCUGCAAAGAUUUUGACAAGAAAUUCCAGUUUCCAAACGCGGGCAGGACAUCACCUCUGGCUCAAAACGGAGUAUACUUCGGCCUGAAGGCUGCGAACAAAGAACCUAUUGUUGGGAAGUUGUUGGUAGAAGCUGAGAGAUACGGGAAAUUCCACCAGUUUGCAUGUCAGGGGAAGAGUAGUUUGCUGGAGGGGGACAGUUGUGAUGUGAACGGCGCCAUUGUGGAGCUGUUGAAGCAGGACCUUACCGUUGCUAGGUUACGAGAGUUUGCGGCGGAGAUGGAUCCGAACGAAGAAGAAGAAUAUAGCAUACUUCGAUGUCUGUCGGAGAGAUUCCUACAACAGGCCAAAGCAGCAUACGACAUAGACAAGGACAACGUCCUGUCAACGAACGAAUCAGCCAAACUUCUCACAACGUUUCUGUUGAAUCCUGAACCAAUCAUCUUUCAGGUGUUCCACUACAACCAAGGGUGGCCCUUCCCGUCAUUCCUCGGGGCGUGUGGACGUAUGGCGGUGUUCGAACACAGCGGGUCGCCCCUCAGAUACUACUACGAGGACACGUGGGAAACCCGUAUGAAACUAACACUCAAAGUGUUAGAGUUGGUCGAUAAGCUGACCAACAAUGACCAGGGAUGGGUCAUCAUGCCGACGGACCUCGGCUACGACAACAUCGUGGUCAACAGCGAGUUUGAGCUGUACGUCAUAGAUGUAGAGGACGUGGUGAUAUUAGACUUGGCAUCGAUGCCUGGAGAUCUUCUAGUGGAAAGAGAGGUGUGCAAUGAAGACUGUUUCUACGACUUGACCGUCAAGGCAGACGAACCCGAAGAAGACAAGACGUGCGUGCAACCCUACAAGCACAUCGGUGCCACUUACUACUUCUUAUGUCACGAGAUCCUCACAGACGAGGCCAAGAACAUGAGUGACAUGGACUAUGAGACUUUGGAGUCCCCCAACCCGGGCGGUUUGCUACACGACCCGCCGGAAAACAUCGAAAAAGAGGGAACUCUCGCGAAUCUUCUCAACGAGUGUUUGUACGAGAAUAUGCCUGGAGGACGAAUGAGGCCGUACAGAACUGAAGGCGCACUUGAGGAAGUGGCUCGGGUUGGACUCACAGCUGACAUUUGACAAAGACCGGUAACAAACGAAAACUUACACAAGCUCCU